UCACAAGUCAGGUUAAAAUUAUCGAGAAGGAACUCAGGUUAAAGAUGCAGCUAGAGUGUUUUGACGUCCACUUUUAUGUGCCAGUUGCCGUGGUUACAUGUACCUGUUUUCUGGCCAUUAUCGGGCUCUUCGUGUUUUAUACUCGGGGCCUAACAGAAAACUGCUACCCAGCCUAUAAAACAGCCAAUGAAGUUAACGAAGCCCAAGUGGCUAGAAAGAGGAGACAAUUAAGUCGUCGGAGAACGAAUAAAAAUUUUCAUGUAUUAGUUGGUUACAGUUUGGACACUUCUUCGGAUUUCCAGCAUGAAAUAAGCAGUAGCAACGAAUUCUCAAUCAGCAGAAGAAGAAGUUACUGCUGCCAGGAACUGGACUUGGAGUCCCAGAAGGAUCAGCCAUACGUACAGGCAAUCCUUCAGUACCACGACUGGAACACCAUUGCUGUUGCUCUUGUUUAUCUACACAAGCACAAUGCUCUUGUAAGAGAUGCGAAGACCGUCUUAAGAGCGAUACAGCACAUGCAGGAUCUGGCGGAAGUUCCUGGACGAGGGUUCACAGAGCACAUGGGGUUCAAUAUUCCCAACGAUUACAUCGAGACUGAGCUCAGGGAUACUGUCUUCGAUCUACAUGAUGAUUUGACCAGUGAUGAAUUUAUAUGGGUCAAUAAGGAGUUUCUUCGGAAACAUUGCUACCCUCCAACCCCCUGUGAAUUUUCAAGAAUCUAUGAGAAAUGCAUAGAAACUGCAAAACUUCGCAAACGAUUUGACAAGUUAUGGAGGAAGUAUAAAAAUCUCCAGGAAUGCCUAAAUGAAAAAGAACAAAUAUUGGAAGAGAGACGUGAACGGAUAUCUGAACUCGAAAACCUGGUGCCUCGGGCUUUUUGUAAGAUCUGUAUGAUAGCAGAGGUGUCUGUGGUGUACCAGCCGUGCGAGCACGCCGUGGUCUGCAGGUCCUGUCACGAGCGCGUGAUGGCAAGUAAAACAAGGCGGGCACGCACGUGCCAUAUAUGUAACUGUCAGAUAAAGAACACCAAAAACUUUAUUCUGGCUUAAACUAUCAUGUCCGAUUCUCCAUGCAAUAAUUAUUAUAUAUCUUUAUUUUUGCAUGAAAAGUUAUUUUUCUUUUUAUGAUUAAUUUUCAUUAUAUGCAAAUUAACUACCGGUAUGUUGAACAGGUUUGUUAAAUUUGACAUAACGACAUUUAAGGAAGGAGUCUUUUCUGGUUUUCGACCUGUCAAACGUAAAUUUGAUUAAUUGUUCAUUGAAUCAAGAUGAAAGGAAAUCAAAAUAGUAUAUAUUUUUUUUCUUUUUUUACUGUCAUUCAACUUGGCAUAGAAAAAGUAAUCAAUGUUUAGAGUCUAACACGGACUAUAUUUUUGGCGUAAUAUUGGCGUAGGAAAAUAUCACAUGUUUCGCAAUUCAGAAUUGCUGGAGAUCAAUGAGUCUGUUUUAGCAUUUUAAAAACAAUAACA